AUGGAUUUGAGGUAUAAAGAGGUACAGUUUGAUGGGAGGUUUGUGAAGGAGAACGUGUAUCGAAAGAUGGCACCAUCACCAGAGACGGACGAGGCCUGGGACAAACUAGGAAUAGGCUAUAAUCAGGUCCGACUACCUGAAGCUUUGGCAGUGAAGGCUGGUAUAACCAGAAACCACACCCGUAUAAAGGCGAAAUACGGCGGAGGCUACCCUGUGUUUGUAGAGGGACUGCAUCAACUACAUUGCCUCAAUCUUGUCCGGAAAUCUCUGUGGUAUAAUUAUGAGCAUUAUCACGGUGCUCACGAAGUCGAGUUCUCAGAUUCAGAUAAGGUUAUUUAUUGGCACGUCUCACACUGUCUUGACAUCAUUCGCCAACGUCUGAUGUGCACCAUGGACACCAGUGUGUUUGGUUCAGUAUGGGUGGACCGGAAUGAUCCUCGGCCAUUCACAGAUUUCAACACAAAGCAUGUCUGUAGAGACUUUGAACAGAUUAGAGAAUGGGCAGAAGACCAUCAGCUCGGAGAUGAUACUCCUGAGGACUUCCUGGAACUUCCCGGCGAGGAUGUGUACGUAUGGGACGUAGCGCCUUGAGUAGAAUGAGCGGCAAUGUUUUACUGGGAAAAGGAAAUAGAGUCUAGACGAAGCAGAUUUAUACGUUUCAGCAAAAUGAAUUUCAGCAAGACUUUUUC